AUGACGAUGGACCGAGACAAGUGCCUUCAUUCAGCCGAAUGUUGUUUGAAGAUUUACGACGUUGACCUGUUGUCUGAAUCGAGUAUUACGUUUCCUCAGUUUCAAGGGCCUCCCACAGACCGCAAGCCCCUCCACGUACAAGCUCAUCCCCCCCUCCAUCAAUGCGAGGCCUCUAACCGGCCAUCCUCCUCCUCGUCUCAGCUGGAUGACUUCGUCGGCGGUGAAGUUCAGCCUUCCCAGCUCGAGGAAACGAUCUCGCUCCUCCAGCAGCGAGUGUUGGACUUGGAGGGGAUAUGCAAGAAGGCAUCUGUCCAGUCGCUGCAAUCGUUGGACAUCAAAGUGAAGAACAUGAUCGAAGGCCUUGAAAAUUCGCCUAACUUGAGCGUUCUGUUCACUGUCAAGCCUUUCCUUGCAGCUCUCACCAAAUGGCAGAUGAUUAUUUUUGUUCUGCUAGACAUUGCUCUUUUUGGCUUCCAGACCAGCAGGUUGGCAACACGCAUUUCUUCGAUGCAGAAAGGUUACGACUGGUCGAUGCUCCGACUGUCGCACUUCAACGUCAGAGAGUCGCAUCAUGGUCGCUCAGUAGCUUUUCAGGUCCAGUCUGCGGGGCUGAUGAUGAACGAGAGGCUUCUGACGUGGGUGCCUUGUAACUUGACGACCACAGCAGAGGCCAUGCGCUUGAGCUGCAGCGAGGACGUGCGUUGGAAUGGCAUCUACUUCGUGGCUUCCCCCGGCCUUGCCGACAGCGACAUGCUGUGGACGGAGUUUGUCCUCGAGACGGACCGAGGAGACGGGUGGGUUGCUCAGAGCUGGAGCGGAGAGCUGGAGCGAGUCUCACGGUCCCGAGCCUUGUAUUGCAUGCAGAGAGGUCCGACGCAGGACGGAGGAAUCUACGAUCAGAUCUGGUUGUCUACCAACUGCGUCUCUCUGUUGUUUUUCGUCGCAGUGCUUGUGGCGUUGGUCUCGCAGCAUUAUGUCAUCGCCAAGUACAGCUUGAUCGCGGGAUAUUACGUCUUGUACAUCGCGAUUGUGCCCUCCAUCUUUCUUGAGAUGAGCCCUGGUGAUACUGUCACUUCCAGAGCAGUGAUCUGUGCGACCCGAGUGUUUCAAUUGAUCACUGGCACCCUCUCUGUCGUCUUGCUACAUCAGGAGACGCGACUUCUGUUGGGUUUGUCUCUCAUCGGCCUCGGAAACUCUGUCAAUCAGAUCUGCAAUCUUGUCUUUGGGAUCAGGGAUUUUGUACUUACCAACCUCAUCUUUCAGGGACUUUUGCCGCUUGUCAUCGCUGGGUUGGCGAAGCUAUGGCUCAUAUCAGUUCGGUCAAGGAGCCGUAGCAUGAUGAAGGCAGACUUCGAGAGGUAUGAGAGCGUCUACAAGAGCAACUUCCUUCCUGCAGACCUCGAAGCCUUGAGCAAGGAGCUUGGAUUCAUUCAGCACUUCACAUGGAGCUCACAGGAUCCUCCACGUCAUACUAGACGUAGACUUCCUGAUGAGCCUUUGCAGAAAGAAGGUAGCAAGAGCUCGGUCUCUUCCUGGCUACCUAGCGCUCUCAUUGCCGGGAUCCCGACCAAGCGAUCUGCAGCAACAGACAAGAAUCAGCCAUCAGGAACAGCACGCACUUCGAUCUCAACGAUGCUGAGGCUUGGAUCAGCAACAAGUCAAGAUGACUGGAUCACUCCAGUCACAAGUCUCGAUCAGAUCUACCUGCAUGCGACUAUCAUACAAAACGUGUUCCGAAGGAAAGUGUACGAGAUCGCUCGGAGAUCCAAUGGGCUUCUGAAGCGAAAGCCCGGCAAUGACCGAAGUCUUCGAAAGCUAAGGCGGUCGGCCUCUGACGGUGGGACUAUCGAGUGCGAGCUCGAAGCUGGCAACGUCCUGCAGUACGCAGAGGUGGAGUGGAGCAAGCAGAAGUCAACGUCCCGAGGCGUCGAGAAGGUCGUGCGGUGCUACGACGGAGACUCGUCUCGUCUAGUCGACGUCUGUCGAGAGAGCAUCGUCUACGAGCAUAUACAAGACAUCAUAGUCGCGGUAAGGUGCAUCAAGCUCGACCAGGAUAUCUCCGUCAAGCGGAUCAAGAACCGUCUCGAUCCCGACCUAGACCCAUGGAGCACGGCAGGCUAUCGGGACGUCGCCAUCCACCUGUGCCUCGUAUGCCAGGAGGCCUACAACCUCGGUCUUGAGGGGCAUGUCUGUGAGCUUCUCCUCAUCCCCAAGGACAUGCAUGACAUCAAGAUCGGAUCUGGACAUCGCAAGUAUGUCACCUGGAGGAACCUGCGUGGUGAGUGA